AUGCAUCCAUAUGCAUCCAUCUAUUAUACGUCACUAUCAUCUUUUGUCAAUCCAUUGAUGUCAUCUGUAAGUGCUAGUGUCACGCCAUUUUUUCAUGGAUCACCGGAUCGAUUUACAGUAGAAUUUCUUCUCGAUUCUCGAUAUCCACGUAAACAACGUCGUUCACGUACAGCUUUUACAAGUCAACAAUUACAAACAUUAGAAAGAUGUUUCGUUAAAACACAUUAUCCGGAUAUUGUCAUGAGAGAAAAACUUGCUCUCUAUACGAAUUUGCCUGAAGCUCGAGUACAAGUAUGGUUUAAAAAUCGUCGAGCAAAAUAUCGUAAGAAACAAAAAAUACUGAUUGAUCAAACCGUAAAAACUGCUACAGUGGCUGUGCAUGACGAUAAUUCAAGUGAAUGUUCAAGUACAAAUGACAAUACACAUUUGAUCGUAUCAAAAAAUGCAAAUCAACCAACAAUAUCCGAUGUGAUACGUCAUCAAACACCAAUAAUAACACAAAUUUCUUCCUGUACAUUGAAUAAUGAACAACAUUUUAAAAGCGAUUCAUCAAUAAAAAAAUUUGUUGACAAAAAUGAACAAUCAAAAUGGCCCUCAACUAAGCACAAAUAUCAUAUUGAAAAUUUAUUACAGUAA